GGGGUGGGUCCUCCUCCUCCGGCAGCCCAGAAGGAAAAACCAGCCCACCUUUUUUCAUUGUUAAGAACGCGGUGGAAUGUGUUAGUUUGAUGUCUCGGAUUGGGAAAGAAAAAGAGCGGAGGUGAAGUGAAGUUGUGCGUCUGCGCUUCGGCCCGCGUCGGAGGAUCAUGCGGCAAACGCGAUUCCCAUAAACCGCACGAAGAAGUUGUGGAUUUACCGCUGUCCUGUCGGGCCAGACCUGCUGAAAAAAAAAAAGGAUGAAGGCGGGGCCAGCGGCGGCGUGACCAAUGGACUGAGACGAGUUCAAAUAUGACCUCCCCAUCGCCUGUUCUCCAGUCUGACCUUGGACCGUCUCCGCCUCACCUCCACACCCAGUAACAGAGGAAGCCCCCAUGUGGACCUCCCAACCGCCGCGCACCACCUAACCCGCCCACGCCACACCCAGCGCCUCCACCCCGUCUCCACCCACAGGCACAGGCAGAGGCAGGCCAGCAGAGGGCGCCAUGUCGGAGCCCAAGGACAUGACCCACCGCCACCUCCGGCACAAGCUGCAGAGCCUGGGCCGCCGCCUGGACGAGCUCGAGGAGGCCACCAACAAGCUCCAGAAGGCCGAGGAUGAGCUGCUCGACCUGCAGGACAAGAUCAUCCAGGCCGAGGGCAGUAACUCCACCCUCCUCAGUGACGUGGAGACUCUCCGGAAGCGCCUGCUGAGGAUCCAGGGCAAAGAUGAGGAGGUCCGUAAGGCUGAGGACCUGUGCCGAACUGUCCGCGAGAAGCUGGAGGAGGAGGAGAACCUGACCAAGGAGCUCAAAGCCGAGAUCGAACGCCUUCAGAGGAGGAUGGGCGACCUGGAAAAACUGGAAGAGGCUUUCGGGAAGAGCAAGUCAGACUGCAGCCAGCUCUGCCUCAGCCUGAACGAGGAGAAGAACCAAACCAAGAAGCUCUCCUCGGAGCUGGAAGCACUUAAGGCUCGCGUGAAGGAAAUGGAGGGUUCUGAGACUAAACUGGAAAGAGCAGAGCAAGCUUUGUCUAUGGAACUUGAGAAGCUUAAAGGAUUUACUCACACGUUUAUGAGCGACCGUAAGAGACUUUUGGAAAAGCAAAGAGAGGACGAGAAGAUCAUUUUAAAGUUGACGGAACAACUGGAACAGCAGAAGAUGCGUUUGGGCAUUUCAGCGGAUUCUGGCCGCGCAGACUACGUAAGAUCUCGUAUCGAAGAUGAGCUUACCUCUACGAGCAUUCUCACGAGUAAACUAGCUGCACGCAAAAAGAGUCUGGACUACUUGAAGUUGGCAGACGGGAAUAUGGUGAACAAAGCGCAGAAUGAAAAGAAUAGUUUAGAGGGUUCACAGGAGGAGGACAACAAGGUCAAAGAGCUCACUUUGGAAGUGGAGAGACUGAAGAAUCGUCUCAAACAGCUGGAGAUCGUGGAAGAGGACUUGAAGAACUCAGAGUCUAAAAAUGGGGAGCUUCACGAGAAGUUUCAGAUGGAGCGGAACAGAACAAGACAACUUAGCGAGCAAGUGGAACAACUCCGAAACCAACUGUGCGGGAAAGGACUCGGCAACGGAAGCGCCAACAGCAAAGUUGUGGAAAACGGCAAAGCUGAGAACGAAGAGAUCAUCGGUAAAGUCGGUUUCAGACAAGAGAAGCCCAAGUAUCAAAGGGUGACAACCGUUUCUGAACCGAUGUCGCCCAAACAUCGCAACAGGGAAAUGUCUCCUCAGCAUAAGAGAGAAACCAAGCUCAAGAGCCUGUCGGAAGAUGGUUCUCCUAAGGGUAGCCGAAGACCACAAAGCCCUCUGCAUAAAGUGAGGAGGACCCCGAAAAGCCCAACUGUUACAUCUGAUAAUGGACUGAAAGAAAGUUCAUCAAGAUUACCCACAUAUAGCUCCAUGAAUACCUCUCAGAAAGUGUCUGUACUGAGUCGCUACCCUCCAGCUGCUAAUGACCAGAAGCCUGUGAGACCAGGCUUCAAGCAGCAAGACGGAGACUCCAAAAAGGUUCGUCCGGAGAAGUUUUCAAAGCUGUAUGUUGGAAGUGACAGCGAAUCGAACAACUCCGACAUAGUAGCAGAUGGUAACGCUAACAGUAAUGCCGUGUCUGAAAAAGAUAUCGCUUCUGAUCAAGAGUCUACCGAAACCAUUCAGGAGUCUGUUUCAGUGUCCCUUACGUCUAGCAUGUCCAAAGCCAAUGGAGCCUACACAGCCUACCGAUCACGUGUUUCUCCACUGUUAGCAGCAGAUCAAGGUUCAGAAGGGCAUUCGUCUGCGUCUGAAACGGAGUCGACAGGUUCAAGACCCUCGGAGCCUGAGCCAGUACUGGAAGCAACUACUACCCCGGUGAGCAGUAGAGCCCCAGCUUCUAAAAUCUCAAGAUACACCAAUGACAUGCACUCAGAAGGUUCCUCCUCAAGAAGUUCUUUUGAUGAAGAGCUCCACAAUCGGGCCCACCUGUCAGAGACGGGAGCCCAGGGAACACCACAAACCUUGUCGGGGAUAGAGAUCAAGAGGGUGUGCAGUCCCAGGGAGGCACUGCAGUCCAGGGCUGUUAUUAAACCAGCCAUCGUGGAGAUUGACCGAAAGGAAAUGCUCAUCUCGGAACCAUUCGCUGCCAAUGGCAAACCCAAGAUCUCCACAAAGCCAGUCGUGACCUCAAGCAGUAAAAUGACCAGCAGUAUCACAAUCUACCCCAACGACCCCAGCUCGUCCAGGACCAGCAGCCGUAGCAGCAGUCUGUCCAGUGAGCCUCUGCCCACCAAGGAGCGACACACCUCCACCAGUAACUUCGUCAUCAGCCCCAGCAGCGACCAUCACGGCAGCAUCUCAAUCCCGUACGAGAUCUCCAUCCCCAAGAGUGACCUCACCUUUCGCCCCAGUCUGGACCAGGACUGUGAGGAACCAGAGACCUCUCCUUUAGGAUCCAGACCUCACAACACCUCCACCACCAGCCACAGGCACUACCAACGCAGCGCCUUCAGCCUCCAGUCCACAGACGCCACCCCUGUGGACUUCGACCCCGAGUCGGCCUUCGAGACCAGCAGCACGGCGACGGUCACGAGCUGGAGGAGAAUGAGCCAGGACGCUCCGGCGGACAUGAAGAACGUGACCGUGAGGAGCACCUGGAAGAAUAGGGGGGCGGGGCCAGCGGAGGAGGCCGGAGCCGGGAGAGCGAGGGCCGGGGUCAGAGGGAUGGCGGACGGUGGGUCAGAGGAUGAGACCGAGCAGGCCACGUGGAGGGCGUACAGGGCGACUGCUGUGGACACGGAGGAGACGACGCAGAGGACGGGCAAACCUUCUCCUGCCGAGGUGUACAUGCGGAGGAUCAACCACACUAAAGACCCAGAGGAGCCAGCAGGGGCCCGCAGAGCCAAACACCAGAGCCCAGAGACGUCCCUGGGCCGGACCAUCGCCCACGCUCCCGUCAUCUCUCAGUCGUGGGGCAGAGCGCACACGGCUCCUGAAGCUCCGGAGCCCAGUGUGAGCUCCAGCCACAGCCCGGCCACCUGGAGACGACCUCUCCCCGGCAGCGACGCACCUCUCGUGGGCAGCUCCAAGACGCUGGGGGCCUCCUCCUCCUCCAGAGCCGAGCUGUGGGCCAGGGGUCAGGGGUCAGGGGCCCGCACAGAGGGGAGGGCCCGGCCUUGGAGCCAGCGGCACACUGAGCAGCACUGAGAUCCGCUUCCGUUCCUCUGUGCAAGAAGAUUGAUCUACUCUCCUUAAUCUCCAAAAACCGUGUCCUCCUCCUCCUCCUCCUCCUGCCCCCGACCUGGACUCUCUCUGGACUUUUUGGAGCUGGACUUUGGACCCGCUCUCCGGACGUAGACAGUGAAGUGCCUCAGGAUUGUCUCUGUCUCCUCUUCUGCUCUGUGGAUGUAUCAUAAUGUAACUCCAGACUGACAAGGGAGAGGCGGCACGCUCGUCGUCAUCGUCAACGAAAAAAAAAAACUGCACGUCUGUACUCCGGCUCGGCUCGCUCGCGUUCAGAAUAUGUCGUUUUUAAGAAGAUUAUUAUUUAUUUUCUAAGUCGGUCUAGUUUUAUUUGAUGCUUUACAGUUUUUACGCGAAAUAAAAUCUUAAAAUUGGAAUUAUUUGACCAGAAAAUAGACGAUACGGUUUCUUAUUUUAAGUGGAACUCUUCAAAAAUCGUUUAAGUUUGGACCAAGAGACACAGAUCAGCUAAUUUGCAACCAGGUUUUCUAUUUGGAUUUCCAAGACUGUAACAUCGACAGUCUCGCUCCUGAUCGGGUCUUUGUUUGUUUUGAAAACCUGUGCUUGGAAAUCCAAAUAUGGAACUGAGUCUCUGGUCCACAGCGCCGGUUUGGCAGGAAGGGACGUUUCGUGGGUUUCAGGGAGAUUGACGGGAUUUUUAACGUUAAAAACUGGGACACACCCGGGUCGGGAUGGUGGGUGUAAAUAAAAAUAGUGAUAAAAGUGUGAGGCUCUGUCCAUUCUCGACUCACACGUGGGUCAGUGUUUAAUCUGAGACAAAAUACGCAGAAAAACCCUGACUUCUGUAUUUUGGCUAAACAAAUGCGAUUUAUGC